AUGUACACGACACCCAAGACAAGAACGAGCGAGGAGGGCGGAAGGGGCGUUUCGCUGGAUAGCGACGGGCGCAGCUACUCUACUUCCAAGUGGGACGCCUCAGACUUUGGUUUUUGGCAGCUACGGCAUCUUGCUUUGCGCGUGGAGGCCUCCUUGUCCCCUGCCGGGGAUGAUGCAAGCUACGCCAUGCCCCCCCGUCUCUUUGAGGGGCGCAACUGGGAUGACGAAGAGAGCGAGUCGUGGGAGGAUGAAUACAUGUGGUCUGAUGAGACCGUGGACAAUGACGGGUUGACCGGGGUGACGGCGGUACCAGACGACGCAAAAGACAUGUCGCCGGUACCUGUCUCUGAGCCUCUGAGGAGCGAUGGUGUUUCAAUGGCCUUGUCGCCAUUGACUGUUUCACAACCAGAAGACGCAAACACGCUCACGGGUGUCACGAGAACCGAACACGCCACCGGCCACGCAGACGAGGGUGUUUCCCUCAACAAAAUGUUUUUCGACGGUCUGCCACCGAAGGCGCCACAUCGUCCAACCAAGCCAAUGAUGACGGACCAGCGGACGCAGCAGCCAUCUGGCCCCGGGUUCGGAUCGCCAGUGGUUGGCCGAAGACCAUCUCCUGUCGGUUAUCGCGGGAGCCCUCUCCUGAUCCCCCCGGAUCAAGCACCUGCGCUCGCAAUGGCGCAACCAGCGAACGCAAACGUGGACGCAGAUAAGCUGCUACCUCCGUCGGCGAUGGGGGCGGGGUUUUCACCUUUACGCAGUGACGGCGAAUCGCCAAGCGCAACACCGGACGAGGUCUCGGGGUUGCAAGGGGGAUCAGCCGUGGAUUUGUCUACUCUAACGACGUCUUCGAUGGAAGGGCGGUUCAAUGCUGUUGUGGGUGAUGAACCAUCCACCGUGGUUGGUCCAACGACCGUUGUUAAGGAAACAGUCGAUGGAGCGCCAACUGGUGUUCCCGGAGGGGAAACUGGCAUACAGCCAGCAGCGGAACCGCAUGCAAUCAGCCCUCAAGUUGAUUCCCUUCCCGCUGCAGCAACUGGUACCAAGGCGGGCCUUCAAGACAGGGUAGGUGAUUCAGGAGCAGAAACAGAACCCGACAACGCUAUGGUUUCGGCAGCAGUGAGCGAAGACUUAGCUUACGUCCACCGGGGCCCGGAGCUCCAGAGUUACGGGAUCACGGGGUCCGUUCUCGUGGCUGCCUCAUGCGGGGCCCGCGCCCAGGUGCGAGUCACCGAUAAGCAAGGGCACAUCGCAACCGCAACAGCCAACCCUAAUGUCGCGGAGGAAAAACCCGCGAUUGCCGUUCCGCCCACACGAGAAUACUUGUGCAAGCCAGGAGCGGUGCAGCACGGUGGAGCGCCCCCCAGGUUCCUUCCGGCGCUUAUGUACCGUUGUUCCCCGGCUGUGAAGGUGCUCCCGGUCAGAGUCACGUGCCGGUUACGAACCGCUGGCAACCGUGUGCUCGUUUGGGUGCAGGUCAUCGCUAACCCGCAGCUUCCGCAGCCUCUCAGCGGUGUAUCGGUGCUGGUCAACCUACCGUUUUCGCCCCGCGAUGAGGGCGACGUCAAAUCUGAGCCGCCGGCUACCCUGAAGACCGAUCGCAAGAUGUUGGAGUGGGUGCUACCUUCGGGCAUGCAACAGGGUGGCAAGCAAGUCUUGCAAGCACGGUUGAGCGCAGACGAGGGGCAAGUGCGAGUGGCAGCCAUCCCCCAAACCGCCCCAGCGAUGGUCAAGUGCCACUUGCUGGAUUCUACGUUCUCGUCGGUUGAACUAGAGGUGGCGGCGUUGGCGAAGGAAGGCGUGGCGCCAGCCGUUGGAAGCGUCGUGAAACGGUGUCGGGUGCAGUGCAAGCAGGUGUAACCAAUGUUUUGGCCCUGUGUUUUGUGGAAUCAAGUUCGUUGGAUCGAGGGAUGGAAACAAUGUUGGACAGGGUACGAACCUGGAUGCCGGUCGAGUGAUGAUGCACUAUGUUUGGUCCGUCCGUGAAGUAGAAUGUUAAGCUUUUGACGGAUAUUGGUGUGCGUGUGUAGAGGAACCCACCGCAUUUAUUCCCCUUGUCGGAGUGUGGCUGAUGCAUC